AUGGCAAAGUAUGACGUGACAAAAGAUAACAAACUUGACAAAGUGGAACUGGGAAAUCUGCUACAGGACCUGAGCGGGGGUGAAAAGCCAACCAAUGAGGAAAUAGAGUGGAUCCUUAUCACUUCAGACAGAUCUGAUAACAAGAUUGACAACGCUGUUGGUCUGAACGAGAUUGAAUAUGCCGUGGACCUGUGGAAGUCGUACAUCGGAGUUAAGCCAGAGUUCGACAAGAUAUUCAACCAGUACGACAAAGAUCACACAGGACAACUCAACUUCGACGAGCUGAAAAGCUUACUAAAAGAUCUCAACUCUGGAAUCGAGCCAACGGAUCAAGAAGUUCAGAUGGUGAUGGACAUGGCUGAUGGCGCCGUCUUGAACAAGUCCGGAGGAAUCUCGAGAACUGAGCUGCAAGGUGCGAUCGCGAUCUGGUACUCUUACACUGAGGAUUCCAAGAAGAAGGGGUGUUGCACGAUUCUUUGA